AUGACGGUGGCGGGCUGGGGAUCAGGAGCAUGCCCCAUGCGGGACCAACCUUUCAACGUCUCUUAUAUAGAGUCUACAGGUAAAUAUGCCCCUGGUAUGGGCUUUACGUCACAUCUAGGGAAUAGGGAUACGGACUCUACAUUCCCACUUGGCUUUAAGGUUUAUUGGGAAGAUGAAGCCUAUCUCUCGCUGGCAGAACACUGGUUUACCACUCCAAUGGCGGAUCAAAGUGACGUUAAGGGGCUCAGUUUCUGGCAUAUCAGACGGAAGGCCUCAAAGCACAAUCGACGGAAAGAAUUUCAGGACUUUGCUAGAGCGAUAAACUAUGAAUCUCUCGCCCUCCUGGACGAUACUAUGACCGAGGUAAUAUUGACAGAAGGAUCAGAGGCAGCGGCUACUAUUAAAAUAAAGUGUGAAGCCAGCGAGCCCACAAACAGGAUUGGAGGAUCAUCUACCCGUCAUGCAAAGAAUUCCAAUGGUAUCCGCACACGUUCAAUCACCGCACUUCAAACGGAAGGUCGAGGGGUGAUAUUUCGUCUCGAAUCUCCGGGCUCAUGGAUUGUUCCAUCAAUGCCGCUGAUGUCAAUGAGAACUGCACACCCUCCAUCGAGCACUAUAUCAGGGGUUUUUAUAUCCAUAUGGGUUCUGCCUGCCGCGUGCAUAACGGGAAGCUCUUAUCAGAAACUGCAUCUGCUAGUAGCCGCCCCUAAUAAGCUACUUAAUACCCAGCAGCGUCACAGCCGUCGUCUUAUUUUAGGUACGAGAGCCUUGCAGACUCAGCCGAGGUUCCCGUUCGGGUCAAGUGUGGCCCGUUCCGAUUUGGGCCCGCCGGUUCGGGAAUAG